CCCAGCGCGUCCUCGCCGCGUUUCCGCGUCCUGUGCGUCCGCGCCGCGUGUCCCACAUCGCGGCGGUCCGGUCCGCGAGUGUGUGCGUGUGUCCGUCGUCGUCCGCGUGUCUGUGUGUGUGUGCGUCAACCGCCGGACGCGGUGGAUGGUUCAGUGCAGUGCAGUGAUGCCCAGUGGCGGCAGUGGUGGUUGGCAGUGGAGCGGUUGAGUGUCUCAGUGCUACAGUGCGUCGCCAUGGGUGUUCCGGGCGCGCCGGGGGCCCCGAGGACAGCGGGCUCCCGGUCCUCGUCCUGGACAAGGUCCUGGACACUGUCCUGGACUCUGUUCGCCACCAGCGUGGCCUUGUUGGUGUCCAGCGCGGCGGCGGCCAGCAGGGGCGUCGUGCCCCCGAAGUCGACAGCGACGGCGCUCCCCGUCAUGUCGGUGGAGGGCACCUCGGUGCAGCUGCCCUGUGACGUCACGGCGCCCAGCCACGACAAGGUGUACAUGGUGCUGUGGUUCAAGGACGACGCGGGGCUGCCGCUGUACAGCUUGGACGUCCGGGGCAAGCCCAUCGAGGAGGCCACCCACCAGUCCCUGUCGGAGGGCUUCGGGACGCGCGCCUACUUCCGCACCGUGUCCGAGACGGCCCAGCUGGUGGUGAACGACAUCCGGAGGCACGACGAGGGCGUGUACCGCUGCAGGGUCGACUUCCGGCACUCGGCGUCGCGCUCUUUCCGGUACAACCUCACCGUCGUAGUGCCCCCGGAGCCCCCGGCCGUGCUCGACCAGCGGGGCCGACAACUCAACUCGACGGUGGGGCCCCACAGGGAGGGGGAUAAUAUCUCUCUUACUUGCCGAGUAGUUGGAGGCAAGCCCCAGCCGCGCGUGCGGUGGCUGGUGAACGGCACGGUGGUCGACGACACGUCCGAGUCCAACGCCGGGGACGUGAUCGAGAACCACUACACCAAGACCAACGUGUCGAGGGCCGACCUGAACGCCGUCUUCGUCUGCCAGGCCGUCAACACCAACCUGACUGAGCCGCGGCAGACUUCGCUGCGCCUCGACCUGCACUGUGAGUCCUCCAUUUCAACUGCAGCCGCCUGCCGCCCCAUUCCGGGUGGUCAAGCAACGUGCUUCUUGAAGAAGACUAACGUGGACAACGCGCGCGACAACGUGACGGUCUCGCACCUGACCUUCACGCCGGCCGUGGAGGACAACGGCAAGGAGCUGACGUGCCGCGCGGAGAACCCCAACACGACGGGCCUCUUCGUGGAGACGUCGUGGCGGCUCGACGUCGUCUACGCCCCCAUUGUGUCCCUGCGCCUCGGCCUGUCCCUGAGCCGCGAGGACAUCAAGGAGGGCGACGAUGUCUACUUCGAGUGCAUCGUCCACGCCAACCCGCCGCUCCGGAAGCUCAACUGGUUCCACAAUGGCCACCCGCUGCACCAGAACGCGUCGGCGCGCAUCCUGCGCUCCAACCAGUCGCUGGUGCUGCAGCGCGUGACGCGGGCCUCGGCCGGCACCUACACGUGCGUGGGCAGCAACGCGGAGGGAGAGUCCUCCAGCAACAAGCUGGACUUCCGGGUCAAAUUCGUGCCCACGUGUCGCUGGGAGCGCAGCGUGGUGGGCGCCAUCCGCGGCGUGCCCGUGGACGUGCACUGCGCCGUGGAGUCGGACCCGCCGGCGCGCCAGUUCCGCUGGAAGUUCAACAACAGCGGCGAGACGAUGGACGUGGCGGCGGACCGCUACGUGGCCUCCUCCAACGGCAGCGUGUCGGUGCUUCGCUACACGGCGCUGUCGGACCACGACUACGGCACGCUGUCCUGCCUGGCCGAGAACAGCGUCGGUGCGCAGCAGGAGCCGUGCGUCUUCACCGUCAUCAGCGCCGCACUGCCCACGCCGCCCCGGAACUGCACGCUGCUCAACCAGACGGCCAGCUCGGCCGAGGUGUGGUGCCUGGCGGGCGCGGACGGCGGCCUGCCGCAGCACUUCGUCCUGGAGCUGUACACGGCGUCGUCGUCCGGCCCCGUGGCGCGCUACAACGCCACCGAGAGGCCCGUCUUCCUGCUGUCCAACCUGGAGCCCGACGUGACGUUCAAGGUCGUGGUGGUGGCCGCCAACGACAAGGGGCGCUCCAGCCCCGUGGCCGUCUCCGACCUCACGUUCGGCGACCCCGAGAAGCGAGUCGCCGUGGACGGCGACCUGGUCAUGUCCCCCGUGGUGGCGGGGGCGGUGAUCGGCGUGGCGCUGUGCCUGGUGUCGGCCACGCUGUGCGUCGCGGUGCACCUCCGCAAGUGCCUCAAGCCGGGCGUCCGGGCCGUGGGCCGGAACGGGGGCCUGGGCUCCGACAAGGGCGCCGUCGUGGGGCUGGGGCCGCCGCCCGGCAAGACGACCGCCCACGCCAGGGACCCCGCCGACGAGAAGGACCCCGACAUCAUCCCCGCCAAGUUCGACCCGAUCGUCCCGCGAGCCCCGGCCAACGGCACACUGGCGGCGCACGGCGUCCCCGGCGUCCCGGCCCGCUCCCCGGCACCCCCCACGGAGGCGGGCGGCGUGAGUCCGUCGGGUCGGAUGCCCGGCCUGGCCGGCCUGGCUGGCCUGGGUCCGGCCCAGGGCAACGGCGGCCCGCCCAAGGCUGCGUCCCCGGAGCACUGGGUGCGCUCCAGGAACUCGUCCGGCUUCGAGACGACUCACCACUUCGUGGAACCGUGGGACUCGUGGGACCUGCGGCCCAAGGACCUGCGCCUGUCCAAGUCUCCCAGCUCGAGCAGCACGGACAGAAGAGACCUGGAGCUGAACGGGUCGGCCAUCAAGGACCGCCUCAUGUCCUCCCGCGUGCCCGAGAGCUGCGUCUGAAACGACAGCAGCGUGCUCGAGGCGAACUACGACCGCCUCGUCAAACGACUGAUUCUAUUGAUAGAAUAAUGGAUAAGAGGAGAAAACUGUCUGUCAUCCUUGAAAUCCUUGGCUUCCGGGCCGCGUUGGACUGCCCUGUACAUAGUUUGGUCUCUGUGCGCCUUUGUGCUGGAGGUCAGAAGGAUGAUAGCUGGAGGGGGUGACAAAUGAGUGACUGUGUGAGUGCAUGCGCGUGUGCCUGGGUGUGUGUUUGUAUAUAUGUGAAAUAUUAUUGUUAUGUUUGCAUAGUAUAAACUUACGGAAAUCUUUUGUACACAAGAUGGCGACUGUUUCUUGUGUGUAGGGAAAGAAUUCUUGUCUGUGCAACAGUUGCAUAACUUGGAAGCGAUCGAAGUUUCCGUUUAGACGACACCGACUUUUUCCGUUGGAUCAAAUCCAGUUGUCGCGCGGAACCCCUUGAACCGAAAUGUAAAGCAAUGACAUGGACUCCUGUGUAGUAGUCACUAUCAAAAUUGACUUAAGAAAUUACAAAACAUGUCGCUGUAGGCAUAUCUGAUAAAUUAAUGUCUGUCAUAUCAUGAUCAUAAUCACUAAAUAGGUAAAAAAUUAAAUUCACGAAUGUAUCUGUGAGUGCUCCGCACUUUUCUACCCAGCCUAUUUUUUAGCAAAACUUUGCCACUGUGCCACAAAACUUAUUUGCAUCAUUUUUGUCUGGUCUGAGGUGUGUUUGUCCUCCUAGUCUUAUCAGUAGAAAAAUGUUAGAUAUCGUUCCGCAUGAAAAAUAACUGCAAUUGUUAAAUUAUAUUUUUUGUAACAAGUUUUACUCUUAAAGAGGAAAAUAAAUCUAAACUGAUAAAAUA